UUCCUAAUCUCAUUUUACCAUUUUCCCCUAAAAACCUUAGCUAACUUUUCUUCUCUCUCUUUCUCUCUCCUUCACUCUGAGCUCAAGAAGAUAUCUCCGGAAAAAAGCUUCACACCAAAAAUGGCUCACUCGUUUAUGGCGUUACAACCUUCUUCUACAACAACUCCAAGACUCAACACUUCCAUCUUCGACCUCCACUCUUCUUCUCGCUCCUUUGACUCUCAUUUUCUCUCUCUUCCUUUCAAGCCUCUUUCCUCCAGGGUUUUGAAAUCGAGUAAUUCUACCGAGAAAUUUCGUCGAAGUUCUAGUGUUAAGGCGUUGUAUUCUGAUGGAUUUGGAACUCCUCGACGAAAUGAACGCUCUGGAAUUUGGUCCGUUAGAGAUGAUCUGUUGGUCCCGUCUUCGCCGUAUAUUCCUGCUUAUGCUGGUCAAGGACCGCCUCCUAUGGUACAAGAGAGGUUUCAGAGUGUGAUUACUCAGUUAUUUCAAUAUAGAAUUAUUCGGUGUGGUGGCGCGGUUGAUGAUGAUAUGGCUAAUGUAAUUGUUGCUCAACUUCUAUACCUCGAUGCCGUUGAUCCUACCAAGGAUAUUGUCAUGUACGUGAAUUCCCCUGGAGGAUCAGUUACAGCUGGAAUGGCUAUAUUUGACACGAUGAGGCACAUCAGACCUGAUGUCUCCACUGUAUGUGUUGGACUUGCAGCAAGUAUGGGAGCAUUCCUUCUAAGUGCGGGCACCAAAGGAAAAAGGUAUAGCUUGCCUAAUUCAAGGAUUAUGAUCCAUCAGCCUCUCGGUGGUGCACAGGGUGGUCAAACUGACAUAGAUAUCCAGGCAAAUGAAAUGCUGCACCACAAGGCAAAUCUCAAUGGUUAUCUGGCCUACCACACUGGUCAAAGCUUGGCAAAGAUCAAUCAAGACACUGACCGUGAUUUCUUUAUGAGUGCCAAAGAAGCCAAAGAAUAUGGGCUCAUCGAUGGUGUCAUUAUGAACCCUUUAAAAGCACUACAGCCACUAGCUGCUGCAACUGCUGAUCAGGCAUCGUGAUAGCAGCGGGUCAAUUGUCGUCGUGUUAGUCUUAGAAGAUACUGCAGUGGAGUCCGUUCUCACUGCAGGCACACACUCUCAUAGUAUGAAUUUUGAAUAUAUGACAAGGAAUUAAGUACUAGAUGACUUGUUUGGUUGAUGGAAGGGAAUUCGGUCUUGAGACUUGAAAGAUUAAUCUACUGUGCACCUAUGAUGUGAUAUGAAAGAUUGAAUUGUAGGUCAUUCUUGUAAUUUGGUCAAAAUCAUACCUUGUUUGUAAUCCUGUUGCAAUCAGAAAAUGGAAGAUUAUUAGAAAUUUCUUGCAUAAUAUUUGAACUAUUAUUUGACAA